GUCUAGAACAGAUUCGCGGCGAGCUCACCAUGGCGAAUCUCGCAAGGGUGCAGGGCUGGGGGGCGUUGGGAUUUGGUGGACAUGUGCAUGGCUUUGUCAAGAACGAGCUCGGAAAGUACGCCAGGGCUAAGGACGGACGCCGUUCACUACUUCUAUGUGUGGCAUUUUGACACCGACUGGUACCAAUACUUCGAGGAUGCCAAUCUACAAUCGCCCCUUGGUCCCGAGUUUGGGGGCUACGGUCAUGACCUAGUCGCCCUGUGUCUGAGGAUGCGGACGGACAGAGAAACCCUGAUCGAGACAACCGACUAUGGACGCACUGCCAUUUUCCACCUUCUGGUGCCAGCCUAUGAAGGGACCGUCAUCAGCGCGCCUUUUGUGUUCCACGAGGGUCUGAUGCCGCUGACUAUAACUGGGCAGAGACAUGGUGGGGUGGAUCGUGUCUGGUUUAAUCUGCGUCGGCAACCCCGAGAUUUGCGUCUAGAGUUUGUGAGUAUUUUGGAACGCGAAGAGAAAUCAAUAGAGAAGAUCGGCCUCGUGGGCUUGGUGGCUUGCUGGUUUGGAGUGGCUGGCUGUGCAGUCGCGAUGGGCGCAUGCCCCCCGAGGUGAUCCGGGCUUAUAGAAUAAUCACAUUCUAUAUGGUUCGUCGUAUCUGAAAUAUGAUCCGGCUGCACAGCGAAAGCGAAACUUCAUCGGGAUG